AUUGUUAUAAAGUCACUCUUAGAGAAUUAUCUUUGUCAAUGCUUCUCUCUUUUCUUUCACUUGAAUUGUCAAAUAGAAAACUGCGUUCAAUAUUAUUUAAAUAUCUCAAAAUUUACGAAGUUCUACGUUAAAAGAAUUUAUUCGCGAUCCUUUAGUUUACAUUGUCCCACAUGUCGGAAAUUGUGUUGGGCAUUUGGAUAGAUCGCUGAAUUAAUAAGAGUGCCGACUGAGCUGAGCAGCUGAGCUGAUGCAACAACCUCGACAAUAAUGGCUGCAAUGAUGGAGAUGGAUUGUUGGAAAGGUGACUGGGGAUUGCCCUCAGUUGAUAGAGAUUGUCUGAAAGUUAUGGCCUAUGCCCAGUUUGCUGGAGCCCCCAUCAAAGUUCACCGUGACAGACGGCUUUGGAGGAAUAUAUCAGCGCAUUAUCCAGUCUUCUAUUCCGAUGGCAGAACGUUGAAGUCAGCAGACAGUAUUAUAGAGCAUCUAAAGCAGAAUCAAUUUGAUGCAGACUCAGAGUUGAAUGACCAGCAAAGGGCAGACAUUCUCGCCUACUCCUCACUACUAGAAGAGAAACUGUUACCUGCAUUGCAAUACACAUGGUGGGUGGAUGCCAAGAACUACACUGAAUUUUCCCGUCCCUGGUUUGCAAAGACAAUGCACUUUCCUUUCAACUACUUCAUACCGGGCCAGUUACAAAGGACAGCUGAGAGCAGUCUAGAAGUGAGAAGAGGUGGCCUGCAUUUACUAGAUGGAGAACUCUCUCAGAAUGUCAUGAAAGAUGCCAGGUACUGUCUCAAUAUGUUGUCUGAGAGACUAGGAGAGAAAGAAUUCUUCUUUGGAGAAAGUCCCACAUCUUUAGACGCCCUAGUAUUCAGCUACCUGGCUCCCCUUGUACGAGUUCCGUUCCCUAGCAACACCCUCCAAGUCCACUGCAAGGCUUGUGAGAACCUUGUCAUGUUUUGCAGCCGUAUCUUACAACGCUACUUUCCUCAGGAUCCACAAGAGCCCCAGACUGCACCCAAAGAGUCUCAGGCCACAUCUGAGGAAGUGUUUGAUGACCCACACAAGACGAGGAACCAGAUCCUCUCUGUGCUCUUUGCUGCUACCGCCAUGGUCGGAUAUGCCCUCUUCAGCGGCAUGGUGCAGUUUGAGAUCGUGGACGAUGACGAGAUGGACGACCAUGGGAUGAUGGACGAUGAGGGUGAUGACUACCAGGCACAAGAAUAGAUCUUGGACAAGAGGAGAUCCCGGUGUCAAGGGUGUCAAGGGUGGUCAUUGAUCACCAAAGAGGUUUCCAGGUCUUCCAAAGUGUUGUCCUGCAACGUUGUCCUGGGACCCAUUUCACAAAGCCUUUUUUCAAUGACAAUUGACAAAAAAAUCAAUGACAACUCUGCUGAUAACCAAUCAGAAACAAGGAUUUCAGUAGCUUAUAACAAAAACUGUCAUUUGUCACUGAUGACAAGUUUUGUGAAACACUCCCCAGGAGGACUCCAAUAAGCCUGACAUACCCUUGUUUCUACAUCUGAACAAAUAUGUCAGCAAUGCAGGAUGAUUUGCGGUCUGCUUUAUCAGCAGUAUCUGGACUUUCUCAUAAGGGGUUGUAUUCUACUAAUUCAAGUUAUACUCACUGCAAGGUCCAAGUCAUGUUUAACAAAGCGAAAACUUAGACUAAAGUCAAAUUUCCUUUGCUAAACUUGACUUCAAAUCAGGUACAAAUGAAGCAUUACGUUAGAAUUUGAUAUGGACCAUGGUGUCCGGUGAUAAUACUCUAUGCAGGGCUUGAUACAAAUAGGGGCCUUCACAUAGACCCCCAAAUUAUGAGUUUGGGCCUAAUUUUAAAUUUUAAAGGGGCCCCAUUUUAUACAGACCUUGAAAAUUGUAAUAUGGUUCCUGUGUGCAAAACUUAGUGUGGAGCCAUGCGUCAGGGGACCAUAAUACUCUUGCAUCUUUUACAAAAGGAAUCCCACUCCUUUGCUUAUUUUGAGAAAUGAUUUUAUUUAAUAAUUCAUCAUAAUUUUUUGAAGUUGAAUGCCAAAAUGUUAAAUGUAAAGGCACUUUUAGUGGAUCAUUUUAUAUCAGUUCAUGUAAAUUAUGUAAUUUUACUUGGUUACCAUGCUUAUGUCUUGUUUUUCAAUUCAUUACUAGAUAAGUUGCCAUGGGUUUCUAAUAAUAAUAGUUUUUCCAGUUCACCUUCUUGCUCGUGAAAAAUAUUCUCCACUCUUUCAGGUAUAACCGAAAUGUAGAAUACUAAGGUAAAGCAAUUUUUUCAGAAUUCUUUUUUAAUCAUUUGUUACCCAUGAAAUGGACAAUGACACAAAAGUAUUAUUAGAUACAAUACAAGCCUGAAAGUAACUUCAGACCAAAAUACAUGUACAUGUAUAGAAAGGGACUGUGCUGGAAAGUGUGGACAUUCUUUAGGGCCAUGCACUGAACAGCAUUAUGUAUUUGAUUGCUUCUAUUUUGAUUAGCCACUGGAGAAUAGAUCUAUGUCAUGUACUUUGAUUUAACACACAUUUUAUCUAUGUAAUUAUAGGGUGUGUAUGAAAUCGCAGAAUUACUUUCUUCUACGACCCUUAGCAAUCGGGUGGCACUUAACCUUUCACAAUACACAUGUGUGAUUCUUGGAAUGUUGGUGUAUAAGGAGGAGAAGGAAAAUAUUGAAUAAACGUACAUCGCAUUGAUAUAUAUGUACAUUUUAUUUGGUGAAUUGUUGUGAAUGAAACAAUAUGGAGCUUGACUUCAACAUUAUAUUUGCUUUACCAAAUAAAAACAUUGUGAGUUGUGAUUUUUAGAAAACUGACGUAAGAUCUCAAAUGAUGAAAGAAAAUACACACUUUUGGUCUUUAUC